AGGUUCUGUACGAGUAAGUAUCGCUCAUUCAGAACCUUAUAUCACUCAUUCACCUCUUAUCACCUCCGAGAUAAGAAGAGCUGAGGAGAGGUGAUGUUUGGGCCUGGAUUACAUUAAAUGUGACCUGCAGGUCACUUCCUCAUCUAGUUGUUGUUGUUGUCGUCGUUGUCGUCCUCACUGUGUAUUUCGGGCCUUUAAUGGAGCGUGUCAGUGGAUAAUCUGCAGAACAGCCCCUCUUUCUCAGUCUGACCCAGUUUGAUGAUCUGAGCUCAGAGUGAAACUGACUCCAGAUCAGACCAGCCUGGAACAUCUGCCCACAUCCAGAUUAACACACACACACACACGCGCGCACACACACACACACACACACACACAAAUAAUAAUAAUAUUAAUAACAAGAAGAAGAAUGAUAAUAAUAGCGUCUGUCAUGUCUUCAGCUGUAGAACGGUUCGGGUUCCACUUGGUUCUGGGAGAUGAUGACUGAGUUUAUUGUGAACUGGUCCUUUAAACUCGUCGCACUCAUAACACGAGACUUUUACUGUGACCGCAGUUUGAAAGAAGUAUUAACAUAUAUGAAAUAAAAGGAACAGGACAGCAGGACGGGUUCUGCAUGUGGGGGGCGCUGUGGGGCUGCCGAGGAGCCGCUGAGCAGCAGGGAGUCGGUAGGAGGAGCAGGAGGAGGCGGGGGGGGGGGGGGGGGGGUAACCGGACACCGACCCACAGAGCGGCUCCUGGCCGGUCAGAGCGCAGCAGAGGCCGGCAGCAGCAGCAGCAGCGAGCAACAGGGCGACGAGCAGAGACACGCCGAAGAUCAACAGCUGAGGAGCGGCGGAGCUGAGCGGAGGCUCCGGUCCUCUCUGCCGGACUUCAACAGUGUUCAGCGGCUUUAAUCGCGCUUCUCCCGCCGGUCCGCCGCUGCGGAGGAUAACGGAGUUACCGUGAAGUCGCGUCCGGCCGCAGCCUGAUACUCAGCAUGAAGAAGAACAACUCCGGGACACGGGGUUCGCAGGACGCAUCGCAGCAGCACGCUCAGCCCGAAAAGGUCGGCUGGAUCCGAAAGUUCUGUGGCAAAGGGAUCUUCAGAGAGAUCUGGAAGAACCGCUUCGUGGUUCUGAGAGGAGAUCAGCUGUUCAUCUGUGAAAAGGAGGUGAAGGAGCUGGGGCGUGCUGACGAGGUGUUGGACCUGUCUGACUACGAGCGAUGUGAAGAGAUCAGGAAGAACAAGAGCCGCAGCAAGAAGAACCACAGCAAGUUCAGACUGCAGCGUUGCAACACGCCAGGCAACACGGUCCCUAACCUGGUCUUCCUGGCUGUCAGUCCGGAGGAGAAGGAGUCCUGGAUCAACGUCCUGAAUGCUGCCAUCACGCGAGCCAAAAACAGAAUCCUGGAUGAGGUGACGGUCGAAGACUCUCAGCUGUCUCAUCUGACCCGAGAUCGUGUGAAGAUUCCUCACAACAGACGGCUGCCGACCCGAGGUCACCUGCUGGCUGUGGCCUCCACCUCCUCAGAUGGGAUGCUGACUCUGGAUCUGAUCCAGGAAGAGGACGCACCGCCUCCUCAGGGAGCCGACGGCUGUGACGCCUUCAGGGUCAGACUGGACCAGUCUGUGUCCCAUCUGAGCUCAGACUGUCCCAGGUCCAAAACUGAUGGUGCUCUCUCUGCCAGGACCGCAGAGGCUUCUGGGAAAUCCCAGAGUCUUCCACGUGAGACGGUGGUGUGGGAGCAGACGGGUACCAGCUUCACCCCCCAGCCUGGCAAACGGCUGGCGACGGCGGAGAAGAACCGCUGCGCCUCCAUGGACGAGAUCCUGACACACUCAGACAACAAAGCUGUUCAGAACAAGACGGCAGCGAUGACCCGUUCACCAGCCUCCUCGCCGCCCGGCACGUCAGCACCCGUCGGUCGCCUGCAGCAGCUUAUCAGCCAGAAGCUGGAAAAGACGGAGCAACUGCUGACGGAGGUGCGGGGGGAGGCUGAGGGGGAGCCCGGGGACCGAGGGAAGAUGAGGAGGAGGGAGUCCACUGAAGGAGCACGAGCUGAAGCUGAGAGACUCCUGAGGGAGGCAGCGGCGGCCUGGAGUCAGGCCCGCGAGGUGCUGGAGGAGGUGAAGGAGCUGAGGGCGCUGUACCGACAGCUGGACUCCUCUUCCCCCCUCACCCCUGCCAACAGCACCAAACUGAACCCGGUGUGACCCAUGGUACAGGUCCAGACGGCUCAAACCAGUUCAGACUGGUUCAGACCGGUCCAGGGAAAACUGCUGAAUGCAGCUUGUGUUUGUCAGACUUCAGAUGACGCUGCAGAGAACUGAUGGACUCUAAAUUAUUGUGAAACAUUCAGGUUUGAUGUUCCACUCAGGUCAUGAACAUGGACUCACAGCUCAGUGGACUCACUGUGAACUCCUUCAGCACAGAACCAGAACCUUUCCUCUCAGUCACACAAAUGUCAAAACACAGAAAACUGCAGAGAAAGAAUGAAUGACAAUGUGCCAAGACGACAAGGGGGUGGCGAGGAGAUGCAGAAGCUUGAUCUGAUCCCAUCCUUCAGUUCUGAUCCUCUGGUUUUGUUCUAUGAUUCUUGGUGCUGGUUUCAGAGUUCUGGAUGUGAAGGUCAGACAGUUGAUGGUACGAGUGCAGCGACACACUGAGGAGAUCUUCUCUCUUCAUGUGGCACCACCACCAGAGCAACAUGUGUCCACGACAGCCACAUCAGCUUCUCCUCCUGCUUCUCCUCCUGCUCCUCCUGCUCCUCCUUCUCCUCCUCCUUCUCCUCCUGCUCCUCCUGCUCCUCCUCCUUCUCCUCCUGCUCCUCCUUCUUCUCCUGCUUCUCCU